CUCUCUCUCUCACUUCCUGCCUUGGGUGGAACAGGAAGGGGGUUGCCCGGGUGAGAGAUCGGUUGCUUCGCUAGCUGGAAGGGGGGAAACGUCUCCGUCUUGGCCUCGGAUCGGUUGGAUUGCAGCCGCCCAAUAUGCCGGCCUAUCACUCGACGCUGAUGGAUCCCGACAACAAGCUGAUCGGCAACAUGGCCCUGCUGCCCAUCAAAAGCCAGUUCAAGGGUCCCGCGCCCCGAGAAACCAAAGACACAGACAUCAUCGAUGAGGCCAUCUACUAUUUCAAAGCGAACGUCUUCUUUAAAAAUUAUGAAAUCAAGAACGAGGCUGACCGAACCUUGAUCUACAUCACCCUCUACAUCUCCGAAUGCUUGAAAAAGCUGCAAAAGUGUAAUUCCAAAGGCCAAGGAGAAAAAGAAAUGUACACCCUCGGAAUCACAAACUUCCCCAUCCCCGGAGAGCCAGGAUUCCCGCUCAACGCUCUCUAUGCCAGGCCCACCAACAAGCAGGAAGACGAGGUGAUGAGAGCUUAUCUGCAGCAACUGAGGCAAGAAACCGGUCUGAGGCUUUGCGAGAAGGUCUUUGAUCCCCAGAGUGACAAGCCCAGCAAGUGGUGGAUGUGUUUUGUGAAGAGGCAAUUCAUGAACAAGAGCCUGUCGGGCCCGGGGCAGUGAAGAGAAGCAUGAGGAGCUGUUUUGUUCAAGCACUUUGCUGCCAGUUGUACACAAUUCUGCCUCUGUUUUAAUAUAUGUUUUCUACUGAGAGAAGAAUAAGCGCUUCUGCGGGGGGGGAAAGCCACCGACAGCAUGAAACGUGGAACCAAAAUCAUGUGCAAGACUUCUUGUUGAGCUGGAACUUAAUGACGGAUGAUGAUGAUAAUAAAA